AUGGAAAUAGCUGAGCGAAUUGCUUUUCUUUUAAAUGAUAUGAACUUAAGUAUGCCAACACAAGAUAUAAAUCAGUCAACUAAUGAGAUUUUGGCUGCGCUUCAAGAAGCAAAUGGCGUAGAAAUCUUUAAUCACAUCAUUACAACAAAUCAGAACCCAAAAGUUAGGAAAUCAUCAUAUGUUUACUUAAGGAAAAUCGCAUUAGCCAACAAAACAAAGCAAUUUGCAUUUACAUAUAAAGAUAUUUUCUUACAUUACUUUGAAAUCGAAAAAUGCUACGAAAACUUUGAUAGUAUCAUCUACAUGAUCGAACCAAUUGCUCACAAAAUGUUUAAACACGGAAUUUGGUCAGAACUUUCUCAAGUUGGUUUUUCUUUGAUACAAAACCCGCAAACUGCUCUCUACGGACUUCAUUUCUUCACAAAUCUGUUUAGUGACCUACCAGAAGAUGAUCAAAACUCUUCUUACGAAACAUUAUAUAAAUUAUCGUUAGAAUACGCGACAUCUCAAGAUAUGCAGUACAGAAUUGCAGCAUAUAAUCUUUUAGCAACACUCAUCUUCUUUGCAGCCGAUUCAGAAGCUGUUCCAGGCAAAAUUAAAACUGAUGAAGAGGAAGACGCUGCUGGAGAAGUGAUUUUAAAGAAAUUCCCUGAUAUUACGCAAGUACUAUUACAGAUUUAUGUGAAUGCACUCUCAUUAAACCAAAAUCCUGAAAUUACAGAAAUAAAUAAUUUAAUUACGUGUUUAAUCUUCGAUAGAUUUGAUUGCUUCGAGGAAUUUGCAUCAGAAGUUUUCAAUUAUGCUAUCCAAGCAUCGAAAGAUGAGACAACUCCCAUCACAACUCGAUUAAAUAUUUUUAGUAUUUUAAAUGAUGGUCCAACGUUCUAUCCAGACUAUUUUACGGAGAACAUUGAAGAUGUAUUCACAACUGCGAUCACUCUUUCAGUAACUUCAUGCUCAGAAAACCGAGAAGAUACUGAAUUUUUAGAUGUAAACGCUUUAGUCGACCGUCUGAGCACUCUUGAUAGCGAGAACCUAUACGAAAUUGCCUUAAACAUCGCAAACGAGCUCAGCCAAGGCGACGAUGCUCAAGUACAAGUUUGUUUGUAUAUGCUUUCUUGGAUUGCCAAGGGAAGGAUGGACGAUAUCGGCGAUGAUCCAGAGCCAAUCAUCAACCCUGUUUCUUUUGGUCUGCAGUCAGAGGAUGAUUUAAUUGCUUAUGGUGCGAAAACUUUAUUAGAAGAAGUUAUGAAGGUAUUAGGAAGCGCAAUCGCCCCAUAUUUCGAUGAUUUAGUAUCUAUUUUAAUUCAAAGAGCUACAGACGGUAACUACUUAAGCACUCUCGAAAGAGUUUUGUUCGAAUCUACAAAACCAUAUGCUCAGAUUGUUGACCUUGUCACUUUUUGUUUACAAAUCGCCAGUGAUGAAAAUACUGAAUAUGUAGAUAACAGCAUAGAAUGCAUUGCAAAUGCAUUAAGCAAGUACGAAGGCGUAGAAGAAAGCUUCUUUGAUGAAAUUUAUCCUGUUAUAAGUAAUUUAUUGAAUGAUCUCACAAAUGGCCAAGUAGUAACUAGUGUAUUUAGAUGUAUAAGCUCUCUUACAAAGGUUUCCCCUCAAAAAGUCUCAGAAAAUGUUUUAGAUAUCGUUCAAUUUAUGAUGACGGUCAUGGAUCAAGAAGAAGUUAAUAUCCCAGCAUGCUCAGCCAUUGCAGAUACCCUUAAGACCCUUAUUUCGAUGUACAUGAGCUCAUUUGUGGAUAAUUCAGGAGAAUUAGCUCAAAGACUGCUCAAUUUGCUAAAAGUAGAGAUACCAGAGCAUGAAAUCAACAUGGAUGAUGACGACGAAGGUCCUUCAGAGCAGGAAAUCGAAGAAAGAGACUUAAUGGAAAAACAAAUCGCAACAAUGAGGCAAUCAUCAAUAGUUUCAUUGUCAAUGAUGAUACAAGUUAUCCCUAAUAGUAUAGAAGACUAUAUACCAUCAAUUAUCGAUCAUUUAAGCCAAAUGAUCGUUUCUCCAUUAUAUGUUGAACAAAUGAGUGCUUCCAUUGGUUUCAAGCACGCAUUUCCAAAUAUCCUUAAUUAUGGGUUCGAUACCAAGUCAUUUGUUCUUUUAACUCUUAUUCCAAUUAUUAAAGAACAAUUUAGUGAACUUGCUGCGGCCCAAUUGUUCAGAUUACUUUGCCAUGUUCUUUCAUUGUCUCCUUGCACAUUUACACAGGAAAUUGGUAAAGAAUUGAACGAAUUUUUCGUUGAAUGCUUAAGAGGAAAGAUUCCUGUGAUCGGAGGCCCGAACAAACUAAAGAAUGUUGAAGACACAAUUCUUCCUCCGCUUGUAGAAUGCAUACAUAUCUAUAUUUUGAUGAUGGAAGGAGAAUUAGCUGAUAAACUCGAAACUCUCUAUCCAGAGAUAGCCAGAAUGGUCGGAGGAAGAGUAAAUGGCAUAAAGGGUUAUGGAAUACGACUAAUGGCCACUUUGACAACGAAUUUCAGUGAAAUUACUGAAAUUUUUGAUAAUGCAUCCCAAUUUGCUCUUCAAGGAUUGACAUCUAGCAAUGCAAUCCUCAAGGAGAAUUCGUUUAGAGCUCUUGGAUUCCUUAUUCCUGCAAAUCCAGAAAAAUUUUCUCAGCAAAUCGAAGAAAUUCUUCAAACUGUCACUAAUACAGUAUUAGAAGAAGCUAAUGAUAAGGUAUACCAAGCUGCCCUUGCUGCUUAUUGCACAAUUAACGCAGUUUUCAAUAUUAAUCAGAAAAUUGAAGACAUCGACGCUGCUUUCUCUAAAUUACAGUUCAGAGGAAGUAAAUCUUCUGACUGCGUAGUUGCUUACGCUAAAUACGUCUGUUUCUGUGAAAAUAAAGGUCUUAGAUUGAAUAAGAGGGCAUUGAUUGCAGCAAUUAUACUUUCUAUGAGUGAAUUAGAACUUGCAAGAUUAGGACCAGAGAGAUUAGAGAUAAUUAAGAACAUAAUGAGGCAAAACCAAAAUCAAAUCGAUUCUUUGACAAAAAUGAACCAAAAGAAGGCAAGAAUUAUCAAAUCCAAGCUAGAAUAA